AUGCAGAUUUUCGUCAAGACCCUUACCGGCAAGACCAUCACCUUGGAGGUGGAGUCUUCCGACACCAUCGACAAUGUCAAGUCGAAGAUUCAGGACAAGGAAGGCAUCCCGCCUGACCAGCAGCGCCUGAUCUUCGCCGGCAAGCAGCUUGAGGAUGGACGCACCCUGUCCGACUACAAUAUCCAGAAGGAGUCGACGCUCCAUCUCGUCCUCCGCCUCCGCGGUGGCAUGCAGAUCUUCGUCAAGACUCUGACCGGCAAGACCAUCACCCUUGAAGUCGAAUCGUCGGAUACCAUCGACAACGUGAAGUCGAAGAUCCAGGACAAGGAGGGCAUCCCGCCGGAUCAGCAGCGCUUGAUCUUCGCGGGCAAGCAGCUCGAGGAUGGCCGCACUCUUUCGGAUUACAACAUCCAGAAGGAGUCCACUCUUCACCUCGUCCUUCGUCUUCGUGGCGGCAUGCAGAUCUUCGUCAAGACCCUGACCGGCAAGACUAUCACGCUCGAAGUUGAAUCCUCCGACACCAUCGACAACGUCAAGUCCAAGAUCCAGGAUAAGGAGGGUAUUCCCCCGGACCAACAGCGUCUCAUCUUCGCUGGCAAGCAGUUGGAAGACGGCCGUACGCUGAGCGACUACAACAUCCAGAAGGAAUCCACCCUGCACUUGGUGCUGCGUCUGCGAGGUGGCAUGCAGAUCUUCGUCAAGACUCUCACCGGCAAGACAAUUACGCUCGAGGUUGAAUCUAGCGACACCAUCGACAAUGUUAAAUCCAAGAUCCAGGAUAAGGAGGGCAUUCCUCCCGAUCAGCAGCGUCUCAUCUUCGCUGGUAAGCAGCUCGAAGACGGUCGGACACUCUCGGACUACAACAUUCAGAAGGAGUCCACCUUGCAUUUGGUGCUCCGCCUGCGUGGUGGACAGUAA